CUGUAUUUUUAAACUUGAUUUUCUUUUACUUUUUUUUUAGUUGUUUGAAUUUACAGAUUCAGUCAAAAUGGAAAGUCCUUUCUAUUAUGUAAGUGAAACAGAAGAAGUUAUUCCAAAGAAAGAGUGUUGGAAUGGGAAAAAAACUGCCACACAAGUAGCAAUUGAUGCUGAGGCUACCGAAUGUUUUUUGGGUUUAUUAAAAGAUAAAUGGGCAAUGUUAAGCGAUUCGAAGACAGGCAAACGGCAACUUUGGCACUGCAUAGCCACUGAACUAGAAGAAGCUGGAUUUUCUAUUCGUGGCAGUGAUAAAAUUCAAAUGUGCAAGACCAAAUGGGAAAAUCUACGCAAAGUAUAUAGAGGCUACAUUUCUAAAAAUAUUGAUUUAUAAAAAUGUCAGAUUCACUUUCUUCACUGGAUGAUUGGAUUUCAUUGUAAAUAUGUUGCGACAGAAGAAGACAUAAUGUUCUUUUAUCUGCCAUAUUACCUAAAUUUAUAUAAAUGUUGUUAUACAUAGUCACUUCAAUCAAUAAUAAAAUACUUACAA